AUGAGCUUCUACCAAGGGCUGGAUCUACUCAUUCAUGCUGAGGAUCUUCAAGAGGAAGAUUUCAGAAACACUGCUCUGCAUAUAGCAUCGCUCGCUGGACAGGCAGAUGUCGUCAAGGAACUUGUAAAUAAUGGAGCGAAUAUCGACACCCAGUCUCAGAAUGGCUUCACACCACUCUACAUGGCUGCCCAGGAAAACCACCUGAAUGUCGUCAAAUUCCUCCUGGAUAAUGGAUCCAGUCAGAGCAUUGCCACAGAGGAUGGUUUUACUCCUCUGGCCGUAGCUCUUCAGCAGGGUCAUGAUCAGGUGGUGUCUUUGCUCCUGGAGAACGACACCAAGGGGAAGGUACGGCUGCCUGCCCUGCACAUCGCCGCUCGUAAGGACGAUACUAAAGCAGCGGCGCUGCUCCUGCAGAACGACCACAAUGCAGAUGUCGAAUCCAAGAUGAUGGUGAAUAGAACAACAGAGAGUGGCUUCACCCCUCUCCACAUAGCGGCUCACUACGGUAACAUCAACGUAGCAACCCUGCUCCUGAACCGCGGGGCUGCUGUAGAUUUCAAGGCGAGGAAUGAUAUCACGCCUCUUCAUGUGGCAUCGAAAAGAGGAAAUGCCAACAUGGUCAGGCUGCUGCUGGAGAGAGGAGCUCGAAUUGACGCCAAAACCAAGGACGGCCUGACACCUUUACACUGUGGAGCGAGGAGCGGUCAUGAGCAAGUAGUUGAGAUGUUACUAGAUCGUGGAGCACCCAUCCUCUCUAAGACAAAGAAUGGCCUUUCACCAUUGCACAUGGCCACGCAAGGAGAUCAUCUGAACAGCGUUCAACUCUUGCUUCAUCAUGAAGUGCCCGUGGAUGACGUCACCAAUGAUUACCUGACAGCCCUGCAUGUCGCUGCACACUGCGGACACUACAAAGUUGCCAAGGUCCUUGUGGACAAGAAGGCCAAUCCUAAUGCCAAAGCACUGAAUGGUUUUACACCACUUCAUAUCGCUUGCAAGAAGAACAGGAUUAAAGUGAUGGAGCUGCUGCUGAAACACGGAGCGUCCAUUCAGGCUGUGACUGAGCUUAAUAACUCCUAA